AUGGCAGCACGGCCUGAAUCGCAAGGGUCAGUGGCCUCGGCAAGUUCGACGCGAAGCCACCAAGAGUAUUUAGACUCAUUGAUCGUGCCCUCGAAAAAAGAGAUAUCCCGCAUCUCAGAGAAGCAAGCCGAGCAGAAACGCGCCCAGCGCCACAGGCAAAGGGAGAGCAUCGACGCCGUGCUAGACGCCCAGACUAUCCCAAAGCCGCAGCCGCAACAUCCACAUCAUGUACCUUUCGCGAGCCGCUUUGGAUUCAACUUCGGCCGCCACCCGAGCCUCAACUCCGGUCCCGGUGAUGAUGGCCUGCGCGAUAGGGCCGCGACCGCCAUCCAACGCACCUAUCGCGGGUACCGCGCCCGUCGGCAAAUCAGGGGUUUUGGUCUCGAUGCUUCGACCCGCUGGACACACGCCAUACGCGAGGCACAAUGGCGAGACAUGACCACACCCCGCGCCAGGGCCGCACUCACUCCUAGUGGCAUGGUGUCCCCGCCAGGAAAAGGACACGACCUGCCAGCCGCUGGGACACCCGAGGGCCGGUCGUUGAUAGCCCGCCAGAACUGGAAGAAGGCUUCUGCUAUCGCCCGCCAUGCCGGGGGCGAUUUAGACGCCGAAUCGUCCUCCAGCAGCUCCUUCUCUUCCGACUCCGAAUCGAAUCACCACCACAAAUCCGAGGAGCAGAAGAAGGCAGAUCGUAAGCGGAAGGACGAAGACAAGGCGCGCCGCAAGCAGGAGUCCAAGAUGAUGGGUCUGCAGUACUUUCUGGAGAUGGUCGAUCUCAAGCACCGGUACGGCUCCAACCUUCGUGUGUACCACGAAGAGUGGAAGCGCGCGGACACCAAUGAGAAUUUCUUUUACUGGCUGGAUCAUGGCGAAGGCAAGGAUGUCGACAUCGCAGCUUGCCCGCGUGAGCGCCUCGACCGCGAACAGGUGCGCUAUCUGUCGCGCGACGAGCGCCAGUACUAUCUCGUCAACGUCGAUCAGGAUGGUCGCCUAUGUUGGGCAAAGAACGGCGUUCGCAUCGAUACCAGCCUGAAGUGGAAGGACUCAAUUCACGGUAUCGUGCCGAGCGAUGACCCGACGCCCGCCUACUCCCCGUUUCCCGAGGACGGGCCUACCGUGCCUAGCGAUGCCACAGCUGCCAACUGCUCUCAUCUCGAUUCUACUUCUUCCCGGCCUACGUCCUCCACCUCCCUGUCCUCUUCAUCCUACUCCAGCUCUUCCAUCGCCUCGGCCGAUGCAGCCCGCUACGCCUCCUCGAUCAACCCGGCCGAGACUAGCACCAAAAAGAAAAUCUCUCAUCAUCUCUCAGGAGCCACAAUUUUCAACCAGCUCCUCCGCAAGACAGUGCGCAAGAACACCUGGAUCUUCGUCGCCGACACCUCCUUUCGUCUCUACGUAGGCAUCAAAAAUAGCGGUGCCUUCCAACAUUCCUCUUUCCUCCAGGGCAGCCGCAUCUCAGCCGCUGGGCUGAUCCGCAUCCGCAACGGCCGCCUAACCUCGCUCUCACCGCUAAGCGGCCACUACCGGCCCCCCGCCAGCAACUUCCGCGCCUUUGUGCGCUCGCUCAAGGACGCCGGUGUCGAUAUGGGCCGCGUCAGUGUUAGCAAAAGCUACGCCGUCCUUGUCGGCCUCGAGACUUACAUCAAAGUGCGCAAGAGGGCCAGCGAGGCCGUCAGCCAGAUCAAGCACCUCGGACGCCCAAAACAAGGGCCAGAAGAUGGUUUAGUUGUGCCGGAACCGCACGUCACGGGGGAAGGGUCGGCCUCCGUGACAGGCAACGGCAACGGCACGAAACAGGAUGGACCGCGCCAGAACAGCGAGAGCACGACAGAAGAGGGUGACGCCCACCCCGGCCGCGAUGUGACAGCGCAAGUGGCCGAGGGGAAGGGACUUCCCGACACGUCAGAUGCAGACGCAAGAAACAAAAUGCGCGAGGAAAACAAGCUAGCCGUCAAGGUUAUGCAGCAGCUCAACCUCGAUACCGGCCCUGCUGAACCCCGUGGCCAAAAGGGCGACGGAGACUACGAGAGCGCUGGUGUUGGAGCUGUGUCCAUUACCCGGACUAGGUAG